AAACAAAUAGUGCAAAAAGUCCGGCAACUCCUGCAAACAGGUGUUUGUUGCGCCAAUUUCCUAUAGGGUCUUUCACCGCUUGUAAACAAAAGCGCAGCAUUUAAAAAUAAAAAUAAUUGAUUAACCAUUAAAUCGUCUGCUUAUCAUCUAGCCAAAUGGACUUGAUAGCUGCAGAAUCGCUUUAAUUACGUUCGAGUGCACCGCAAACCGAAGUUCAGGGCCAACAUUCAACUGCCGCCUCAUUGAAGGUUUGUGUGGGUGUGUCCGCUGGAAUUUAUAAUCUAGAAAUUUGUAUAUACAAAUUCAAAUGGAACCGGCCCUUAUCGGUGGCCGACUGUCUGCAAUAGCCAUGAUUGGGUAGUAUAUCACCACAAACUGAGUCAGUGGACGCGGGUGGCGGAUCCCACGGUGCGAUAAUUCAAGUGCUCCUCCGCCGACGAGGUGUGCUGUGAUAUGGAGCGAAUCCAUGGUUUCAGUCGUAUAACGGCAGUCUGGCGGUUCGGUUGUCUCCGGCAAAAGUGAAUUCUCCAUCGAGUCCAAAGAUAACCCACCAUGGACCGGGCUAGCCUAUAUUUCAUGAGCAAGGAUGAUAAGAACACCUAUGACUUCGACGAGACUUUACCCUCGUUCCCGCUGCCGGAGCUUAGGGACACCAUGGAGCGCUACUACAGCUGCAUCCAGCCAUUCGGGACCAAGGAGGAGUUGGCCCAGGCCCGAAAGACUAUUGAUGAGUUCCAGAACGGAGUGGGCGCCGAACUGCACGAACAGCUCAAGAAGCGGGCGGGGAGCAUGAGGAACUGGCUGGGCACCUGGUGGGAGGACUACGGAUAUCAUCUGAUUCGGAUGCCCCUGUUGCCCUACCAGCUCAUGGUCAUGCCCGCGCAAUUGGAGAUGGUGGGCGUACCGGAGACACCGGAAUACAUGCUGAAGAGUCUGGCGCGGCACAUUCACCACACGCUCGAGUUUUGGGAUCUGACCAGAACGUCCAGCAUCAAACCGCUUUCCUCGAACGGAGGCAAAAUAAAGUACUCCUCCGCGCUGUACAAGCGCUUCUUCUCCACGUGCCGCGUGCCAGGCGAGGAGCAGGACCACAUAGAGAAGCAUUUUCUCACCAAAGACGAGGGUAAAACGCCGAGUCACAUCCUUAUUUCCGGCAAGGGACGCCAGUUCAUCUUGGAUUGUGUGCACGAGGACGACACCAUCCUAUCGGCUCCCGAGAUCCUUGUGGCCAUCCAAAGACUGCGCAGCAUCCUCGACUACGAGCCGUUGGGUGAUUGUGUGCCCACCCUGAGCCAUGACGAACGGUCAACGUGGGCUCGCAACCGCAACCGGCUGAGGGAAAUCUCAGAUGCGAACAAGGAGACACUGCUUCUGGUGGAGAGCGCAAGCAUGGAGAUUUGCUGGUACGAGCAAUCACCCAAGGACUACGAGGAGUCCUCCCAGCUAGGUCUCUUCGGUGAUCUCCACUCCCGCUGGGCAGACCGCAGCAGCAGCAUCAUCGUCUUCCGCAACGGACGCUGCAACUGGUCGGGCGAGCACAGCUGCUACGAUGGUACCGUCAGCAUCAGUUACGCCACCUUCAUGCAACUGAGCUUCCUGGAGGUGCCAGAGCCCGACUGGUCCGAAGCCGAGAAAGGCCACGUCGUAGAGGUCAAGGAGCUGCACUUCCAGCUGGAUGAUACGCUCAAGAGCGAGAUCAAGCGCGUCCAGAAGGAUAUUGAUGAUAGGGGUACCGACGUUACUGUGACCUUCACUGCGUUCGAUGACUACGGCAAGGAGUUCAUGAAAACCCAUCGACUGCAUCCAGACUCCUUUGUGCAGGUUGUCAUGCAGUGGGCCUACUACCAAAUGCAUAAAGAAAUUGCUCCCACUUAUGAGACCGCUCUGAUGCGACAGUACUACAAUGGACGAACGGAGACUCUACGGUCCUGCACUGGCGCCGUGGCGGAGUUCCUGAGGGCGUCCUCCAACAAGCAGGUCGGCGAUAUGUCACUGGCCAGGGCUUUCCGUAGGGCAGUCGAUGAGCACAAGCACUUCAUGAACGAGGCGCGCAAGGGACAUGGCAUCGAUAGACACCUGUUUGGCCUGUGGUGCGCAGCGUACGAAAGCAAAAUGGAUAUUCCCGCCUUCUACGACGAUCCCAUGUACACCAAGAGCGGCGGUGGAGGCAACUUUGUGCUCUCGUCCAGCACUCUGGGCUUCACCGCCAACGUUGGCUUCGUGGCGCCCAUGGUCUUCGAUGGCUACGGCGUCUUUUAUUCCAUCACCUCUGAAGCGGUGUUCAUUAAUACCACCGCCUAUCGGGACAGCCUGAAGACAAGCGCUCGCAAGUUCAACGACAUUUUUAAGGACUCAUUCCGCCGCAUCAGCGUACUCUUGGAACAGUUGGCUAAGGAAUCCAAGCUUUGAAGAGCUCAUCUAGUAUUAAGAAGCGAUCAAAUUGUACUUUAUGUCGUUAAUUGGAACUUAGUUCGUUCAGAAAGUUCGUUUUUGGAUUCUUUUCCAUUUCGCUCUACUACUUUGACUACUGUUUUCAAUUGGCAGCAUUAAUUAACGAACAGAACAUUUAAAUACUAUUUCUUCAAAAUUGGAUCCCGAAUACAAGCCACCUUUGAUCGGCAACUAAGUGAGAACGCGGACUUUGCAGGUAAUAUGUAAGUUAGUGUGACAGAAGGGCGUGCAGCAUGUGUAACUUCGUGUUAAACGUUUAUUUAAAUUCAAUGAUCGAUUAGUUUAUGCAAAUACAUUUCUCUCGGU